ACAAAACAAAAGUCACCUCUUCUCUUCCCUCCCAUGCCUUAUUGCACAUCAGUUUUUACCCAAAUACAGAUCAUUUUCCUUUCCCCAAAUUCACCACCCAUCACGACUGACAUGAACUCAACCCCAUAGAUUUUCUUUAGAAUAUAUUCCAGUCUGUGAAAUCUCCACUGCAUUGUCGAUGGGUUUUCGUUUUCUUUUUGAAAGUUCAGUUUUUUACUUGUAAAAGAUUCAUCACCUUCACCAACUAAUCAUCAUCAUCAUCAUCAUCAUCAUCACCACCUUCUUCUUCUUCAUCUGGAUAAAAGAUAGAAUUGGGUAAAUGGGUGUUGCUAUCUGCUUUUGUUAUGUUUAGGGUUACUAAUUUUAGUAUUUUGUAUGCCCACCAAAUUUGGCAAAAGAAAUAAUGCAAGCUUUUUGGUUGUUUACCAUCAAAGAUCAAUAUUUCCAUUUAUAAGAGACCCCUUCAUUUGUAUGCUGGUUUAUUCCGUGCUCUCUUGAAAAAUCUUUGUCAGAAUUUUGAUUUUCUUGAUCACCUGUUUUGUGUGUGUGUGAUUUUCUUUCUCUUUCGGGCACAAAGUGAGUGUGUAUGUGCUGCAGUGCACUUAUGAUCAUGGCUAGGGAAAAAAUACAGAUUAAAAAGAUUGAUAAUGCUACAGCAAGACAGGUGACCUUCUCCAAGAGGAGGAGAGGGCUGUUCAAGAAAGCCGAAGAGCUCUCUGUACUUUGUGAUGCUGAUGUUGCUAUCGUCAUCUUCUCCUCUACUGGCAAACUCUUUCAGUAUUCUAGCUCUAGCAUGAAAGAAAUACUUGAAAGGCAUAGCCUGCAUUCAAAAAAUCUCCAAAAGCUUGACCAACCAUCACUUGAGUUGCAGCUGGUUGAAGACGCCAACUAUGCCAAAUUAAGUAAAGAAGUUGCUGAGAGAACUCUUCAAUUAAGGAGGUUGAGGGGGGAGGAACUUCAUCUUUUAAGUAUCGAAGAGCUACACCAGCUGGAGAAGUCCCUUGAAGCUGGAUUAGGGCGUGUUGUUGCAAAAAAGGGAGAGGUAAUUAUGAAUGAGAUCAAUCGUCUUCAAGAAAAGGGAACAGAACUGAUGGAGGAGAAUGACCGACUUAAAAAAGAAAUGAUGGAGAUAUCAAAGGUUAGAGAACAGGUUCAUGGUGAUACUGAGAAUGUAAUUGGUGAGGAAGGCCAGUCAUCCGAAUCGGUGACCAACAUUUCUGAUUCUGCUGAUCCUGGCCAAGACUAUGAAAGCUCCUAUACAUCCCUCAAAUUAGGGCUUCCUUACCCAGGUUGAUUGGAGCUUGUAGGAUUUAUAUAUGUAAUUGAUAGCUAAGAAGAUGAUGCUUAUGGAUAUGACCUUUGACAAGGAUUAUUAUAAUUAUGAUUGAUUUACCCCUA